AAAUGAGUGCCAGCAUUCGACAGAGCAAAGAGAGUUUGUUCACGGUGGGCAGCGAGGAUGAGAGCAAACACCACCGGGUGAGCUUGUAUGUGGCCGGCGUGAGUGCCGGUUUGCUAAUCUUGAUUACUAUCGUCCUUGUGGCCAUCCCGCAAGACCUGUACAGCACUGGCGGUUGCCAUUCAAAGUGCAACACGACGCCAAAUCCACCGCAGACUUCUGGAUUCAAACCGGCCUCAGACUUUGACAGCUGCACCAUCAAUAUUGGCGAAAACCGCACGGGGUGCACCGUGCUUUGCCAAAAUUUCCGCACUUCCGAAAGUGGCGUCCCGCCUGGGGAAGCGAUUAAGCAAAAUUUGAUAGGCCUGAACACACUUCAUUCAAACGAAUGUGCUGCAAAGUGGAAAUUGCUGAUCAAAUCUGCAGUUUUUCCAAAUUACAAGAUUGCAGCUGAUUGGUUUCAAGUGGGCGAUGGAGAAAUUUUACCCGCAAUAUAUCACCUAGAAAUUCAGAAUUGUCCUGGUCUGAAUCAAAUCGAAUCGGGAGCAUUUGCCGAGUUUCCGUUUGGCGGUAGUUUGAAAAUAUUGACUUUGUCUCAAAAUUCAGCCUUUACCAAAUUGAAAAGCGGCAUGAACAAUGGCCUGACCUCUUUAAAUGCAUUUAAUUUAUGGGGAAAUGGCGUGAUUCAACAGGUCGAUGAUGAUUUUUUCGAGACAAUCAAAUCGUCAAUUGAGAUUUUGCAGCUACAAGGCGGCUUUGAAUCUGAACAAAUUGUGGCGAGUAUGAUUGGAGCGUGCCAGGAUCCUUUCAACAGCCUAAUUUUGGUUGAUCUGAGGUUCAACUUUCCUGGGCCAGCAGGUUUUAAACAUUUAGGAAAAGACACGCUGUCUGCGAUCUGGAAUGUCGAGUCUUUGUAUCUGCAAGAAUCUGCCAUUGAAACAAUCGAUUCUGACACUUUCAAUGAAAUAUCUGGAAGUUUGACUUUGCUGAAUUUGGCUGACAACCUUCUUAAAACACUUCCAAAUAGGACUUUCCAAACAAUGGUGGAUAUGCAAAGUUCAGUGACACUUUUUUUGGCAGGAAAUCACUGGGAGUGUGAUUGCCAUUUGAAAUGGCUGCAAGACCUACUCAAAAGCCCUCUACAUUCUUUUAACCUUGGUCCAGGUGACAACCCUCUGUGCAAGGCCCCCGAGUCGGAGGCAGGGAAGCACCUGAUGGAGGCCGACAUGAACAGUUCGUGCCCGGAAAUCGAAAUUCCACCUCCGCUAAAAAUCGAUUGCAUCCCUCAGACCGAAACAACAUCCGUGGGCACCACAACUGCGACCACCACAACUGAAACGCCAAAGUUCCAAUGCACCCUUGCUCAAAUAAAGUAUCCAAUUUUGAGCCAAUCUGAAAUUCAGCCCGAGCAGAAAUUUGAAAUUCAGGAGAGGAGCAAAGACACAGGGCCGGCGGAAGUUGUCGUGCGCAUAGGGGUGGAUCAGGGAGGACUCACUCUGGCUUGGCACUCAAACGGCCAAGAUUUGAAGUGCGACAGGGACAUCAAAAGGCCGGAGCAUUUUGUGGGAAACCUGAGCCGAGACGUGGCCUAUGUUUUUUGUCUGUUCGAAGGGAUGGAAAUCGUUUCACCCUCGCAGUGCCAGGGUCUGACCACGCAGCCGCCCUGGGAGGCCAGACCGUGGAUUUUAAACAAGCAGAUGCCGGUGUGGGUGUCCGUGUCUGUGGCGAUCGCCAUUCUCUGCGCCCUGGUCGGCGCAGGCGCGGUCAUUUGCGCCGCUUGGCAAAAACCCACCCUGCUGGCCCUGAGCAGCCGCGUGGUCAAAGUUCGCACUUCCAACACGGAGGCGGUUGUCAUGCCCAAGCCGGCCAAAAAGCAGUGCAAGAAGGGGCAAAACGCCGAGGGCGACGGCGUUUCGAUUCGCAGCGACCCGAGCUACGUGUCGGUGGUCAAGGCGUCCAAGGUCAGUUUGGUCGCCUUCAGGUUUCGAGAGUGGCUCAGGAAGGUGGAUAACGGCGAAAUCGAGCCUUCCGGCCCUGCCUGUGCCGACAACAACAUCGACGACGCCGGCAGUCUGCCCGAUAGCAAUGCUAGCGUCAACGCAAUCAACGACAACGACUCUUUUAACUCUAUCAGUAGCGCUUCGCAGCUCUAACUUUGCCGAGUUCGGAUUUAUCGCAAAAAAAUAAUGGAAAGAUUAGAACCGAGUACUCACCAAGAUUGGAGAACAACAGGUUGAGGUAGCCAUCCUCCCAUUCAAGCGUCUCGUUGCCACCAUCUGUUGUGCUGAAAAACAAUCGCAAAAAUGUUACAAACUGUUAAAAUAAAAAGUAUAAAUAUUUAAUAUUGAAUGAAAUGAUACAAGACGGGGGGAAAAAUUCCUAAACAAGACAAUUUUUUAAGGACGGAUUUAAGUUGAAAAAGACACACGUGAAGUUUCUUUAUACAAUAUUGAAGAUUUAAAAUAGUAAUUUAAAGGGUGAUCUUUUUUCGAAGUUUUUAAAAGCAAAAUAUUUAUAAAACUGUUGUUUGGAUGUCUCAAAAAUUCAUAAAAAAAAUUAAAUAGUAGCAAUCAGCAGCAAUGAAAGAAGAUUCAAUAUUGAAAUAAAAAUUGGAAAUUGAUGAUG